AUGCCGCUACCUCCACUGAAUACAUAUCCACCAGGGACCAAAUUGACUGUAGGAUCCCAUGAUAUUUCAAUCAUUAAAUACUUAUCUGAAGGAGGUUUUGCUCAUGUUUACACUUGUCAUAUAGAUCCACCGUUCAGGGGAUCGAAUAUUGCAUGUUUGAAGAGGGUAGCAGUUCCGAACAAAUUGCAGUUGAAUCUUUUGAGACAGGAAGUUGAUUCUAUGAAGAGAUUGAAGGGCAACAAACAUAUUGUUUCUUAUAUUGAUUCGCAUGCGUCGAGACUUGGUAAUCCGGGAGGAGGGCAUUCGACGACACAGCAGUACGAAGUUUUCGUGUUGAUGGAAUAUUGUUCGAAAAAUGGAUUGAUAGAUUAUAUGAACACUAGGUUGACACACAAGCUUACGGAGCCGGAAAUAUUGACCAUAAUGCAUGAUAUAACCAUAGGGGUGGCCAUGUGCCAUCAUUUAAAACCACCGUUAUUGCAUCGAGACAUUAAGAUUGAGAAUGUAUUAAUUGAUUCGAAAGGUGUGUACAAGUUAUGUGACUUUGGAUCGGCAGUAGGGUAUCUUCCCGUACCCAAAAAUGCCAAAGAGUUUAGCGAAUUGCAUGACGACUUAAUGCAGCAUACAACUCCACAAUAUAGAGCUCCGGAGAUGAUUGAUUUGUCCAGAGGCUUUCCAAUUGACGAUAAGCUGGAUAUCUGGGCGUUGGGGUGCUUUUUAUAUAAACUUUGUUACUACACAACUCCUUUCGAACUGCCGAGCCAUUCCUCGUUGCAAGAUAUGGAAAAACUGAUCCUCAAUUGUAGUAACACUUUAAAAUUGCCCCACAAUCAACCGGGCCUGAUUUUCUCAUCUAGAUUAAAGAAUGUUAUCAAGUGUUGUUUGAGAGACGAUCCUAGGAGAAGACCGAAUGCAGUUCAAUUAUUAGAAGAGAUAUGCUUAAUGAAAGGUAUUAAGAAAGUUCCAGAUGUUAUUCCUUAUACUUUGAAGGAUCAUCAUGGUCACAAUAAAGCACAUCCACAUAUGGUGAAUAACACAAACCAUAGAUCGCAUGAUACCGAAGAGAAGGUGCCCGUUUUACCUGAGCGGAGAGAACCUUCUCCCUCCAAUCUUUCAGUUGGCCCAAAGAAAAGCAGUGCCAAGCUGGUAGAUCCAUUUGCAACUAUAGAUAAAUCAAAGAUGUUGCAACAUUCUGCAUCCACGAGUAAUAAAAUAUCAGAUAAAAAGACAAUUCAUAGACCAAUGUCAACCUUUAUGCCUACGUAUACGGCCACGAAUGCCAAACCUAAACCUAAACCUAGACCUUUAAGUUAUUAUAUUGAAGAUGAUCUGAUGGGCCGUCAAUACAGAUCUGGCUCACCGUUACAGACAACGUCUUCUACUACUUCGUUACAGGACUUUAUCAAACAACAGAUAAAUGAAAGUAAUGAUGAUCUAUCAACUAAAAGGUUUCAGGAUCAAGACCAGAGUACAUUGGAUUUCUUGAAGAGUAAAGAGGAAGAAACUCAGAAGGGCUUGUCGCUGAGGCAGAACACUGGUGGUAGUAUAAAGUUAUCGAUUAGAAACGGAUUAAGAAAAAUCAGUACAGGAGGAAGUAGUAACGGCGUUCAUGGUAACUAUAGUUCUGAAAAUUUAUCACAAAAUAAAAGAUCUAGUAUUUCUUCUAUUAAACAAAUAUUUACUGGAAAUUCAUACAAGAAAUCAAGCUCUGAUGAGCCGAGUGAUUCAAGUGAAAGUUUAUCGCGUGUCCAAUCUCCUCAAGAUGAAAGAGCGGCCAAGAAAUUAUCCAUUCAACGUAGAAUGCAAAUGUUGAUGAAAAACAGUAAUGAUGAGCUGCUUGUCACCAAAACUGCACAUGGAUAUGGUAAAUUCACUGAUCAAGACGACAUAGCUGCAAUUAACGAUAAUAGCACUACCAAUUCCUUAGCAAAUGAGAAGCAUAUAGAAACUCGAAAUCGAAGUUCAGCUAGCUCUCUGCUUAGUAAAGCUAGACCAGUUCCACCAAAAGUACCUCAGAGUUUGACAUCCUCUAAGAUUAAACAUAGUUUGAAUGACCGUGUUACGAAAACUAGAGAUAAGCGGUCUACAAAAGAUUCACAUAAGGAUGUGUAUAGUUCCAAGAAACCACCACCUAAACCUCAAAAACCUGCUCAUUUGAAGUCACCAGAGAAUGAUACAAACGGUCAUGAACGAAAAUUGAGUGAUGCAAGUACGAUUUCUAUUCCUGACGUAGAUGAUUUAGAAAAAGAGUUUUCUAAAAGAUUCCCCAGUUAUGUCUAA